CCUGGCCCCGCCCUGCCCCCGCCGCGGCGCCGGAGGAGGGCGGGCGGCCCCUCGGGUCAGUCUCUACCUCGGACACACGCCGCGCAGCUGGAGGCGGCGGAGCGGAAGCCCCAGCCAUGGCUGCCAUCCGCAAGAAACUGGUGAUCGUGGGGGAUGGGGCCUGCGGGAAGACCUGCCUCCUCAUUGUCUUCAGCAAGGACCAGUUCCCUGAGGUCUAUGUCCCCACCGUCUUCGAGAACUACAUCGCAGACAUAGAGGUGGACGGCAAGCAGGUGGAGCUGGCACUGUGGGACACAGCGGGACAGGAAGACUAUGACCGCCUGCGGCCUCUCUCAUACCCGGACACCGACGUCAUCCUCAUGUGCUUCUCCAUCGACAGCCCAGACAGCCUGGAGAACAUUCCUGAGAAGUGGACCCCCGAAGUGAAGCACUUCUGCCCCAAUGUGCCCAUCAUCCUCGUGGGAAACAAGAAGGACCUGCGGCAGGACGAGCACACCAGGAGGGAGCUGGCCAAGAUGAAGCAGGAGCCUGUUCGAUCUGAGGAAGGCCGCGACAUGGCAAAUCGGAUCAGUGCCUUUGGCUACCUCGAGUGCUCAGCCAAGACCAAGGACGGGGUGCGGGAGGUGUUCGAGAUGGCCACGCGGGCUGGCCUCCAGGUCCGCAAGAACAAGCGUCGGAGGGGCUGCCCUAUCCUCUGAGCGCCCCAGUUCCCCCACUUCCCAUUAGCCCUGUUCGCGGGGUGUAGGAAGCCCCCAUCACCCCACCCUCACUCUCUUGGAGCUCCAUGCCCAAGGUUCCCUUUUCCAGCUCCCUCUGCCUGGGACUGCACGACAUUUGGUCAGCUCCCUGGCCCCCUUGGGCGGGCAGUGGUGGGUCCUUACUCUGCCCUGAUCACAGGUGGGCACCUUCAUCUUUUUGGCCUUCUCUGGAGGAUCACCACACACCAGCACUUUAUACAUUUCCAGCUCCCAGCAGUGGGGUGGGGCACGCCACGGUGGAAUGGAGCCCACCCCCCACC